GUAUUAAUUUGAAUACCAUAAGCAUUUUAACUUAUUAAAUGUCGUUUAAAUUUUAUUGUAUCUAAAUAUGGAUUUUCAUGGUUGCAAUUGCAAAAAUAUAACAAUUACAGAAGGAAUAUUUGGUGAAAUUUGGGUUGAUAGCGAUGGAGAUCAAAUUUUUACUGAUUCUGUACCAAAAAUUGUGAAAUCGUAUACUAUGGCAAAUACAAAUCAUAUGGAAAUUACUGUUAUUACUUGGGGUGCUACAAUUAUGUCUUUAAAAUGUCCAGAUAAGUAUGGACAUACUGCUGAUGUCGUCCUUGGAUUUGACGAUUUGAAAGGAUACAUGAAUCCUAUAACAAAUCCAUUUAUUGGAUGUAUAUUGGGCAGAUGUGCAAAUCGUAUUAAAAAUGGACAUAUCGCUAUCAGAGGCAAAGAUUAUGAAUUAACAAAAAAUGAUUUCAAUGGAAAGCAUCAUUUACAUGGAGGAGUAAAUGGCUUUGGACGUAAAGUUUGGGAUUCAUACAUUGCUGGAUGUUCAGUUGUCAUGAGUUACUUAAGUCAAGAUGGAGAAGAAGGCUAUCCAGGUGCAGUGUUAACCACUAUAAGAUUUAAAUUAACUGCAGAUAAUAAGCUAGAAAUAUGUAUGCGAGCAACCACUUCUAAACCAACAAUAGUGAACUUAUCGCAUGGUUCUAUGUUUAACUUAGCUGGACAUGAUGCUGGAGAAAAAGAAUUAAAAAAGCAUAAAAUAUUAUUGAACUGUGACCGAUGGACAUUUGCUGAUUAUACUGAUCCGGUUCCAACUGGUGCAAUACGUGGUGUAGGUGGAACAGUUAUGGAUUUUCGAAUACCCAGGAUCUUAGGGGAAUAUAUGGGAAAAGUACCACCUGGAGAAGGGUAUGAUCACAAUCUUUGUAUAACAAAAAAUGGACAAUCUGGAAGUAUAUUUGUAGCAAAAGCUUGGCAUGUAAAAAGUGGACGCGUCCUAGAGGUCUACUCUGAUCAGCGUGGAGUACAAUUUUACACUGGAGGCCGCCUACCGCCUCAGAUUGUUCCAGAAUUCUCGACUAGUUACGAUAUUCUAGGAGAAGAAGACAAUACUGCAGAUGAAAACGAUGAAAGUUAUAAUAGCGAUGCUGAAGAUGGCGAAGAAAUGAAAAUAGAAAAACCAUGGAAAAAGAUAAUAACUAAACCUAAAAAACUUGAAUUUCUUUUAGGAAAACACGGAGCUCACUACAAAAAGUACUGUGCUUUUAGUAUUCAGCCACAAAAUUACCCAUCUGCAAUACAUUAUUCACAUUUUCCAUGUUCCAUACUAUACCCUGGACAAGUCUAUUGUCACGAUUUGACAUACAAGUUUGAAGUACAACUUGCAAACUUUAUGUAA